AUGGUCGCCCCAAUCUUCCGCAGCUUCUUCUCGCCAGCCCUCCGGCAAUCCCUCACAGCCACCGCCCCAUCAUCCUCAAUAUCGCCCAUCUCUCGACUCCUCCAAACUCAAUCCUCAUCAUCAACCAUCCUCUCGCCAUUCCGCGCCGCCGCAGCCUUCUCAACAACUCCCGCCCCGCAAGCCACCCUCAACCAAGUCCUGCGCGGCAUCCGAAAGGGCAAGCGAGCGCGCCACGCCGUCUCCCCCGCGCUGUCCAACACGCACUGCCCGGCCCUGAAAGGCGUUUGUCUGCGUGUCGGCGUCGUGAGGCCGAAGAAGCCUAAUUCUGGAGAGCGCAAGACGGCGCGUGUGAAGCUUUCCUCGGGGGCGGUGGUCACGGCGUAUAUCCCUGGCGAGGGACAUAAUAUCCAACAACAUAGUGUGGUGCUUGUGAGGGGAGGGAGGGCGCAGGAUUGUCCUGGUGUGAGAUAUCAUUUGGUGAGAGGAGCGUUGGAUCUGGGUGGUGUUGCAAGCAGAACGACAAGCAGGAGUAAAUACGGAACCAAGAAGCCCAAGAAGGCCACCGUGGGUUAA